AAAUAUCCAAAAUAGGAUAUAUGGCAAACCUUACUCUUCACUUCUUACUACUUUUCUUGUACUUUCAUUGUAUUCUCGCAAUUAUUACUGAGUCUGUCACGUCUCAAACUGAUCCAAACACCACGAAUUUCAUAGUAACCUCAUGCAGAACAACGUUAUACCCUACCAUAUGUGUUCAAUCUCUCUCUGCCUACGCAAACACCAUUCAACUAAACGAGCUAGAACUAGCUCAUGCAGCAUUAACGGUGAGCUUAUCGAAGGCUAAAAUUGCUUCAACAUACAUUUCAAAGCUCACAAGAAUGAGGGGCUUAAAGCCAAGAGAAUUACAAGCUGUUAAAGAUUGUUCAUUCAACAUGAAUGAUUGUGUUCAUCAGCUUGAACGAUCGAUCCCCGAGCUAGGGCAAAGUGGUAAAUUAGCAUCAAGAAGAGAUGAAUUUACUUGGCAUGUUAGUAAUGUUCAAACAUGGAUUAGUGCUGCACUUACUGAUCAAAAUACUUGUCUUGAUAUGAUUAAUAAUCCUUCUAUGGAUGGAAAAAUUAAGGAUUCAAUUAGGGUUAGGGUUUUUGUUGCUUCACAAGUGACUAGUAAUGCACUUGCUUUGGUUUAUAAAUUUGCAGAGAAACACUCAUAAGUUAGUGUCAUCUUACUAGUUAGUUUUUGGCAUGUACUUUUAGGUGUUAAAACUAAUUUUAUGGAUAAAUAGUUAUGUGUACGUAUCGAUGUAUUGAAAUUGAUAAUAAGUCGUUCAUAUGUUUGGUUA